AGCUCAUAAUAAAAACAGAGCUUUUAAAAACAAUCGAUGAUUUCCCUUUAUCAGUCACGCUGGAGGCGUCUGGACAUCCAGUGGACUGCUCUCAUAAGUUCAUGACAGCUGGACAGAAAACACAGCGAGACCACAAACUCCAGCCAACAGGUCCCACAUAACUUCCCACAGAUCAUGCGACUCUGAAGGUGUGGACUUCAUGGACAGAAGUCAGUUACCUGGGCGUGUCGUCGUGUUCAUGCAGGGUGUUUCGACACUCUCUUCCUGUCUUAUCCAGGUUGUUGUCAGUCUUUUCUUUGGAUGGUGGAGUUACAACGAGACGACGGAGGGAAAAGUCAUAGAACAAGGAAAAAGACGGAUCAUUUCUCAGUAUUUGUGCGCAAAAUAAAGUCUGAAUAAAUCAUCCCAGCUGACAACACUGUGGACGGUCCCUCCAUCACAACAACUGCAGCACUCUCCAACUAAAACAGAAGCAUCCUCACUUCAAUUCUUUGUGGGCUUUGGAGCAGCCUGUAUGGCUGACUGAGACCAUGACAACAUCCCUAACCCACUGACAGCCUUUCCUUAGAAGAUGCAACCAGAAGGUCCUCCUGCUCCACCACCGCCACCCCCUCCUCCACCACCGCCUCCACCACCGCCACCACCUCCACCUCCGCCACCUCCUCCUGGUAUCCCUCCUCCUCCUCCUCCCCCAGGCGCCCCUCCAUCCCUCCAUGGCUCAAGCCUCUUUGGAAAGGGGGGGCAUAGGAGCUCCAAGAUGCGUAACUUUAACUGGGAGACCCUCCCCAAACACAGCGUGCUAGGAAAGCAUAACAUCUGGACAGCAGAUAAGACCGAUGGGGAAUACGAGCUGGACACAGUUCGAAUGGAGGAACUGUUCAGCCACAAGCAGGGCAAGCAACAAGUCAAAGCCUUGAACCGCCAGAGUCUGAAAGGCAUGCCUAAUGCUGGCUCAGGAGGGGAAAUGGUUUCCAUCCUCAACUCCAAGAGGAGCAUGAACAUAGGAAUUUUCCUGAAGCAAUUCAAGCGGCCUGUGCAAGACAUGAUCGAAGACAUUAAAUCAGGAAGUAGUCUCAGUUUUGGAUUUGGAAAGCUGAAGGAGCUGCGCAAGCUGCUGCCAGAUGAAGGGGAGGUGAAGCAGCUGGUUGGUUUUAAAGGUGACACCUCAGCUCUCCCUGAAGCAGAUCUGUUCAUGCAUAUGCUAGUCAAGGUAUCCAGUUAUGAAGAGCGUCUUAGCAGCUUGGUGCUCAAAGAGGAACUUGUCCCUCUCAUGAAUGAAAUGAAAGGGUUCAUUAGCACUUUGACAGCUGCAGGAACAGAACUGUUGGAGUCUGAUCAUUUACAUUCUGUGAUUCGCCUGGUCCUGAAGACUGGAAAUUAUAUGAAUGCUGGUGGUUAUGCAGGGAGUGCAAUUGGCUUCCGGAUGGCCUCUCUGUUGAAGUUGGCAGACACCAAGGCAAACAAACCUGGAAUGAAUCUUAUGCAUUAUGUUGUGAUGCAAGCUCAGAAGGCAGACAUGUCCCUGCUUACAUUUCCAGAACAACUCCAACACAUUGAAGCUGCAGCAAGGCUAAAUAAAGGGGAAAUUGAUGCAGAGUUUAAGAAGCAGGUACAAAAAGUACAAAAAGCCAAAGCAGAUGUAAAGAAGCAGAAAGAUUUAAAAGCACAGAUGGAAGAUUUUCUAAAGGAGGCUGAGCUCUGCUUGGCAGAAAUAGAGAUUGAUCUUCAGGAACUGCAGUCUGUGAGUGACUCUGUGGCCGAAUACUUCUGUGAAGAUCCGAACAAGUUCAAACUGGAGGAGUGCUGCUCAGUCUUCGAUUCCUUUUGUGAGAAGUUUAGGCGAGCCAUGCAGGAAAACAAGGCUAAGGAGGCGGCAGAGGCGCAGCGGAGACACAGAGACAGACUGCAGUGUGCUGCCAAGCGCAGGUCCAUAGCUACCUGCUCAAGUAGAGACAAAGAAAUGGAGGGAGUUGCAUUAGAGUCAAUGCUACAGACUUUGUUAACCAAACGUGUCACUCGAAGGAGAAGUGGAAGGCCCUCAUCAACUCAUGGAAGCCCCUCAAGAGGCAGCCCCAUCAACGGGAGCCUAUCAGAAAUCACCUCUCAGGCUAACCUUCCAACUGAAGGUCAAAAGAAAGGAGGAUUUUUAAGAGUGCAGGAGAUGGGCAGGAAGGAGUGGAAUUCAGCUGUUGAACUCACAGCGAAAACACCAAAAACAGCUCAGCCUAUUGCUGAGGACAACAAGGAGAAAAGUGACAAGCCUUCUGAAGAGGAGAUGGAAACCCCCAGAAAGGAGGGAUCUAAGGAUUUAUCACUCCCGGCUAAUGGGACAACCAACAUUUCAUCCAGGCCCAGAACUUUCUCAGCAACAACUGAUGACGAUGAGGAAGAUCUCCAGGACAAUAAUGAGGAGGAAGCCCAAAAGUUACGUGAAGCAUCUAGAAAAGUUCUGCGCUUUCAGAAAAGCCGUAGCAGUGUCUCAUCUGGGGAAUUUUCCUUAGAAAAUCAGAAGUCUCCUGGUUCAGCUCCCAAACUGGUUCGUCAGCGUACCUUUGACGAGGAGACACAGAGGUAUCCCGGAGAUCCGACUGACGAGGAUUUGGUUAGGUUUUUACUGAAUCCUCAACCAUCUUCUAAACGUAACCUCGGACGUCGUCACACUCUGCCUUCCAAAGUCCCUAAAACUGAAGAAAAUGAAGACGAUCUGUUGACGCUGCCUCUAAUCAGAACUCCUAAAUCUGCAAAAAGAGACAAAGAGUCACAUGGGGGUGAAAAUAAUCAUUCAAAACAAGUAUUUGACUUUGCUAACCUUUCUAAUGACUUUGAAAAAUCUUGUGAUGUGGACCAGAGUCCUCCAUCCACAGCAAAGAAUAGCUUGACAAAUGUUUCUGUAGCCCAUGUUCCGGAUGAAGAGCAUGGGGAAAAAUCCCCUCAGGAAAAAUCGGUGGAGCCCAAAGACAGCAAUGUGCAGAAAAACAGUGAAAAUAUUCCCCCCAAGAGUCCAUGGAGUAAGACUGACAACUCUGGGUUCUUUUAUAACUUUUUAAAACGCCUUGGAGAUAUGAGCAAACCGCAGAACAACAAGGAAACUGUCCAGAAAGGCACAGAUUCUAGUGUGUAGGCUUUGAAAACAUUCAAAGCACAUGUAUAUUCAGAUUUACCAAAGCUCUAAUUUACUGUUUUAUUUAUAUUGCUUUUGCGAAUUGUUAUAAUGGUUGUGAAGAGAUGAUGGUAAGUGUAAGGAAAGUGUGUGGAGGAAGUUGUUUUUGAGAAAGGUCUAUAUUGCAUGUUACCACUAGAUGGCAGAACAUGACAGAGACGUGGUGAACUGAUGUUUAAAGAAAGGUGUUGUUUAUUUCCAGGCAAUCUUUACACUGUUUAGUAAACAACAAACUCACUGUGGCACAUUUUUUCACUAUUUUUUUAUCCACGUGGUUUAAAAUUCCCUCAACAUUGACACUGAUCUUAUCAUUUUGAUUAACGGGUAACUACUAACAGUGUGUUCUUUGUCUGGAUUUAAAUAUACAACCUUGCAGAAUGUAUUGAGAAAGAAAGUGAAUGUUGAAGGUGAGCAGAAGCCAGCAUAGAGAAAUCAAACCUAAUGCAAUGCAAGUUAUGGAUUGAUUUUUAUUUUUGAUACUUUGAUAAAUGACUAUUUGAGCGUGAUAUGCCUGAAUUCAAUACUGAUAUCCUUCUGUUAAGUGAUGGAUUUCUGUAUUUUUUAUGUCUUUGUUUUUUUCUUCUUCCUUUGUUGAUGUAACACAAUCAUGUUGUGGACGCUUUCAGCCUCUUACUCAAUCCAGCCAUUGUUUUGGGCUUAAAUGGGUCAGUGUUACAAAGACAGCCGGUAUGUGGGCAGAGCUGAACCAUAGACUCAAAGUGGCAAAGUGAAGGUUAUUAACUUGAGAAUAGAUUACUGUGGUGCAAAACCCAACAUCUACUGGCUUAUUUGAUGGAAAGAACGAGCUUCCCCUAAGUGUACACCUAUACACACAGUUUGUGAAAGUACCAGGCAGCAACCCUGAAUAUUCAUCAAGCCCCACACGGGUCACUGAGGCCACAACUUGUGCCAAAGAAGGGGCUCAAAAUGUAAACUGACCUACAGGCACCUCUUGGCUGUUAAGAAGAGUUAGUGAUUAGUUUUUAGGACUUUGUCCAGCUGACUGACUGAAGUUGAGAAGUGAGGAAAUAAAAAUGACCUUCUGUUCA